AUGGCGGCCCCAACAACAAAUAGCACAUACAUGACUCCCGGCAUAGCACCACGAGCUUCAGGCUUGGAAGGCGAUAUGAAGCCUACAUUACUUGCUUUCCAUGGCUCAGGAAGCAAUGCGACGGUGCAUACAGUCCAGUUAGCAAGAUUGAUGAGGGUGAUUAAAGGACAUUUCGAGGUCGAAAGUCUAGAAGCGCCGUUUCCUUCCCAACCUGGUCCAGGUGUCCUCCCUUUCUUCGAAGGCUGCGGCCCUUUCAAACGCUGGAUGCAAUCCACCGUCACCAUCUCCGAUAUGAAAGCCGGAAACUCUACAAACGCCAUGUCACCUGAAGUUGAGGAUCUCGUUCGUACUACCGUCAAGCGUAUCAACUCCAGCGGUGGCAAGGUGGUCGGUCUGAUUGGUUUUUCUCAAGGCACCAAAGUCGUCGCCGGCCUGCUCAAAGGCUGUCAGAUGCGUCGCGCGCUCGCAGACAAAGGAGCCGAUGUAACAGAGCUUGAUCAUCUAAAUUUUGCUCUUGGACUCAGUGUCUGUGGUUCAUCCCCACCGCCGCUAAUUCCGCCCUCUGUUACAGCAGCGCUUGAAGCGUCCGGGAUGAGCGAGGAAGAGCGGAAGGAGCUGUUAGCGAAGAAGAUUGAAUUACCGGCAUUUCAUGUUCAGGGCUUACAGGAUCAGUGGAAAUGGGCGGGGCAAGGAUUGAUCGAUGGGUGGUACGAGAUUGGUGAGGGGAAGAGUGUGGUCAGGCACUGGGAGCAGGGCCAUCUUUAUCCAGUGAAGCCGGAGGAGAGUGAAGAAAUCGGAGAUUGGAUGCUGGGUGUGCUGGGCCUUGUAGAAGGUCAGAUGGGAAAUCAGGCGCGGUAA